UUCCUCCUUCGUUCUCUCCUCCACAUUCACCACUUGUGAUAGUUAAACAUGAUCAAAGAAGAUCUCUCCAGGCUCGUUCUCGUUGAGAAGAGAGGGGCGACGACCAUCAUCACCAUUAAUAGACCUCACAAGCGCAACUGCGUGAAUGGCCCGACUGCCAAGGCGCUUUAUCAAGCAUUCCUCGACUUUGAUGCAGAUCCCAAGGCUGCGGUCGCCAUCCUGACUGGUGCAGGCGGACACUUUUGUGCCGGUGCAGAUCUGGCUGCUAUCCAGAACCAAGACGAUGCGAACCCAAUGUCCUCAGAGUGGCCAGAUACUCUUCCUGGACCUAUUGGUCCCAUGGGGCCUACUCGCAUGAUGCUGUCCAAGCCGGUAAUUGCAGCCAUUUCGGGCUUUGCAGUCGCGGGAGGACUGGAGCUGGCACUGUGGUGUGAUAUCAGAAUUGUAGAUGCGACAUCGACCCUGGGUGUCUUUUGCAGACUACGAGGAGUGCCGCUCAUCGAUGGUGGCACGGUUCGACUACCUCAGGUCGUCGGGCGCGGCGUUGCCAUGGAUCUAAUGUUAACCGGACGUGCGGUCAAGGCCCAAGAGGCACUUAAACUUCAGCUUGCCGCUUGCUAUCCAGCAUCUUAUGAGACUGUGAGCGAGAAACCCGCCCUGGAGCAAGCCCUAACAUUGGCCGCUUCGCUUGCGGAGCACCCUCAGACGUGUAUGCGCAACGAUCGACUGAGUGCACACCUCGCCAACCCUAUUCGAGAAGCUAUGCUGAGGGAAUUCGAGCUGGGAUUGGAGACACUGACUAGCGGAGAGUUUAUGGAGGCAAUUAGUAGGUUCUUCAAGCAGGAAAAAUCGGCAAAGCUUUAAGAGAAAGGGGGUGCCAGGUCAUGUGAAAAGGUGAUAAUAAAAGUUAAGUCUGCCCCG